AUGCGGAAUGGACAGUGGAUGCUCUAUAAAGAUUUAGCGCCCAUACGGAAGAAAGCAAAUACUCGUGAACUGUAUCCAAUUGAAACAGCACGCGGUCUGGCUUCGAUACGAAGCUGCAUAUUGCGAGGGCGUCGUCUGUCUGGUCAGCAUCUAGCGGAGCUGAAAGUCGCACUUGGGCCUUGGCAUCCGUUUUUCGCCUUGGCAUGCCGUUUGUUGGACACCUGUGCCGACUCAGCUCAAACCUCAGGACAGCUGUCCAUGUUUGGGAGACAGAUAUACCAGGGGACCUUGCACUUGUUGACUACCUUCCAUGCGGCACUCAUAGCGGAUGCAUCUGAAUCCGAGUUGGUAGAGUCGAAGGUGUCCUACGAACUAGUAAUAACCAUUUUCGGCUUGUCAACUCGAUUAUCUCGCUAUGACUCAGCCCAGGACAUCACAACAGCCGCUGAAAUCAAUCACCUGAUCGAGCUUUUCGGAUUGGUGGUACGUCGGCUAGAUCACAGAUAUCCACAGAUGUUACCGGCAAGCAACUUGGAUACGAUGCGAGAAGAACUGGAAGCAAUAGUGUCGAAUCUUUAUCAAUCUGCUUCCUCACCCACCCUGGAUUUGUUGAAUUCGAUCUUGUUUGGACAAAUUGAAGCUAAUUUUAAUCAGCCUUCUCCAGGGAGCUGUUUGGCACUGAGCCUCCUUCAGCGAGCUGCUCUCAGAAACCCACUUGUGAUGGCUCGUUUGUUUCAGUUCUUGUUGGAUAAAACCACUUCAACCGGAAAAGACCACAGGGAAUUAGCAUCUUCAGCAGUUUCCAGCUUGAUAAGUGUGCUACACUUUUUUGCACAAACGGCUGCUAAAUCCCCUGUCGAAUCGUGUCCCCCUACAAUGAUACGCCAUCUAUGUGACCUGUUGCUCGGUCGUUUGGACGUUAUCUGUCAGCUGAUGAGCGAACAACCCGUACCUUCUCAAUGUAUGGUGGAAAACUUGGGGACUACUUUCCGAAUAAUUACGGGUCUGUCAGAAGAUAGCCAACAAACAAAGCUAAUCGAAUUCUUCAACACUCAGUCAGUAUUGGCCCACGAACCCCUGAUUUGCGUUUUGUUCUGUUCCGUAAUUAUUGCAUUGAGGGGAUCAGUGCUCGAAACUAUGGGUCCCUCAGAUAUCAUGUUCAAGCUAUUCCAACUAGCGACUCAUACCACACCAUCAGCUCGAUUGGAGAACUCAAUCUUUGAAUAUAUCACUGCAACGGUCGCGCAAGCCUAUGCUUCAGUGUUGAAUAAGUGUACCGAGCCUCUAGAUUCAGAUAUCAACUCACAUGUAGUAACAACCUUCGACCGGCUGUGGAACGACUGUCCCUCAUUGGAUGGUUUGGAACGAUUCGCUUGUCAUUGGCUUGUUGCUUGUCUUCAGAGUCUGUUGGCUCAUCCUGGACCAAGUCGUCGAGUAGUGUUCGACAAGCUAUCGUCUGUCUUUCUCCGAUCCCCUGAAAAAGCCCACCCAAACAAGAACUUUAGUUUGUUGGAAACACGAAUUUGUGAAUUUUUGGAAGUGCUUCCCACAAUUUGCUCAACUGGCCCACCAGGAGAUGCGACUUCGGAUGUUUGUCAUUGGGAAGGAACGGGUUUGUUCGUACAGAAAACGUUCUAUUUAGUGACUCUUCCGUUGGUUGAGCAAAUCAAUGCCUUCUCCGGUGCGUUGGUUAUCAGUUCAAGCACAGAACAACAGAAUUCUGUUGAGAGGUUAAGAGAUGCCUAUCUCACUGCAUUCCUCCGCCUAUGUUUGCCGUUGCCUACGGAUCUACUGGAACCACAUUUGAAAGAGCUCACCCACUACGUAUUGCUGGCUAUUACAAGCUCACGCUCACUACAUACACAAGCUGCUGGUCUUCGAUUGUUCUGCUCCAUCGUGGAUUGCGUCAAAGACGAUUCGAAACGAUUGACAUCACGUUUUUCUGCAGGCGAUAUGGAUGACGUGUUUGCCUGUUUACCACGCCUUUUAGAAUCUACGACAGGACGAACUACUGAUAAAAUGGAAACUGGAUACUAUGCGGUGGAUGGGCAGUUGUCCAAGAUGGUAACACUGACUCGCCUAUCCAUCGCUCGCUGUCUCUACUCUUUGGUGUCGCUUCCGGCAGAAGUCGUCGGUCGUCAUCGUGAUACACACGUGCUUCCCGUACUGGUUCAGCUGCUUGAUGACCCCAUUCGUGUGGUGCGAACUGAGGCAUCGAAAGCCAACAACGCGUGGUUGGCACAUAUCUAGUCACAAUGACCCCUUGUACAUGGGUAUCUUCAAACUUUUUUCGAUCAGCACACUGCACAUCUGGUACAUUACACUUUUUAUAAUAAACCCC